AAUUAGAUCAAGUUGGUAAGAAUUGCUUGCAACUCAUUGAGACAUCAUUCAUAGAAAACAAUUCCAAGAAAGCUAUCAAGACAUACAUGGAAGCAACAUCUCAUGAGACUCAAUCUCAUCCAUUGAUUAUUUUGACAUUAUUCCAGGGUUUGUUUGGUUAUCGACAGUUUGAAAUGGCUUAUGAAGCUCUUGUCAAGAUGUCUGAAAAAGGGGUCACAAUUAAUUCCGACCUUGGGCAUUAUAUAUGUUUAUCGUUCCUCCAUGGUGAUCAUUUAGCUUACGCGGAAAAGACAGUUCAUUAUAUGAUCACCACAGAAAUCCCACCAAACAAUCAAUUACUUGAAGAUUUGGCACACAUCUACCUGUCGAAAGGAUUUGCUGACAGGGCAGAAAUGAUGAUCAUGUAUUUAAAAUCGAAUAAAGGAAUCUACUCGUUGUUACUUAAUAGACUAGUUGAUCACUACAUUAAACUAAAGAAUUUAGAGAAGCUUAAAAAAUGGGUAGGUGAAUUAGAGGUUGCACCGCCGAUUAAGCCAGGACACAUAAGUGACACCAUCUUACUAAAUGCAUAUGGGAUUUUACGUAAUGAACCUGCGUUCAUCAAACUCUGGGAAAAGAUGCAGAGA